CUCGACCCUGACGAAAGCUUACGUCCACCAGGUCAACAUCUCGAAACACGCUGACGGCUGGACGAACAAGGAUAUUCUGCAUAAGUUGAUACUAUCACACACAUGAACGUAAUGCGUAGCAAAAUGGCAAGCAUCGCUGUUGCCCCAGCCAAAAUUGUCAAACAAACGACAUACCAGGUAGCAGGCAAACUUUCAAUCACCGAACAUUUCUUCGAUGUUCCAAAAGACUAUUCCAAGCCUGAAGAUGGUACAAUUCGGAUCUUCGCACGCAGUGCCCGCAAGCACGAGGUUCCUAUAGUACCCGACCCUUCCAAGGACACGAAACUACCCUGGAUGGUGUAUCUGCAAGGCGGACCUGGCAUGUCGUGUCGAUCACCACAGAACUAUCCUUGGACUCAUAAAAUGCUCGACAAUGGUUAUCAGAUGCUCUACCUCGAUCAGCGAGGCACCGGCCUCUCAACGCCGAUUUCAGCCUCCACUUUGCAAAAGGUCGGCGGCGUUCGUGAGCAGGUCGAAUAUCUCCGGCUUUUCCGAGCUGACAACAUCGUUCGCGAUGCUGAGGCGAUCCGUCAGGCCUUGACCGAGGGCGAGCCUGACGCGAAGCGAAAGUGGAGCACUGUUGGUCAAUCAUUUGGAGGCUUCUGCACAUUGACGUAUCUUUCUCUAUAUCCUCAGGCUUUACGAGAAUGCUUUCUUUUCGGUGGACUUGGACCACUUGUCAAUUCGCCGGACGACGUCUAUAAAAGAUUGUACAAAAAGGUUCUCGAUCGGAAUGAUGCUUACUACAACAAAUAUCCUGAAGAUGUGGCAAGAGUAAAGCAGAUUCUUGGACACCUGGAACGAGGCGGUGACGGUGACAUUGUUCUCCCGUCUGGAGGACGAUUGACAUGCCGUCGCUUUUUGCAGCUGGGCAUUUCAUUCGGUAUGCACGGUGGCCUUGACAGUAUCCACAACAUCGUGCUCGAAGCGACCAACGAUCUCGAGAUUUUUGGAUUCCUCACAGACACAACAUUGGCUACUUUAGACGCAGCGGGUUCAUUCGACAAUUCCAUACUCUACUGCAUCCUACAUGAAUCAAUUUACUGCCAAGGCAAAGCUUCGAAUUGGUCUGCCGAUCGCAUUCGACGUGAAUAUCCUGAAUUUGACUUCGAGCUCGCCAGCGACCGCGUCAAUUUCACGGGCGAAAUGAUUUAUCCUUGGAUGCUGGACGACUACGCCCAGCUGAAGAAGGUCAAGGAGGUCGGACAGCGACUCGCAGAGAUCGAAGACUGGCCGGCUCUCUACGAUGAAGCGCAGCUCGCGAAGAACGAGGUUCCUGUCUAUGCUGCAUCUUAUAUCCACGACAUGUACGUGGAUCAAGACCUGGCGUUGGAGACGGCGAAAAAGAUCAAGGGCUGCAAAGUCUUCACUACCAAUGUCAUGUUCCAUGAUGCGGUGCGAAGCAAGAUGGAGGAGGUCGUGCAGCAGCUUCUCACGCUUAGAAACGAUGUUGUUGAUUGAUUGAUUGAUUUGUUGAUUGAUUGAUUGAUUGAUUGAUUGAUGCAGGUUUGCGCCGACAUUUUAAUGAAUCGUGUAUACAGCUUCCGUGAACCAGGAAAGUCCUAUGUAAGAUAUGAAUGUUCAACUUCCGAGCAGCAAUG